AGCUGGUCACGGUCCGGGUGCGAGAGGCGGAGCAGCGGCCAUUACUGCGCAGCCUCUUCCGCCGGGGUCCUCUUCUCCGCCUUUGGUGGCAGCCAGAUAGCUGGUCAUUAUUGGAAGGAAGAAAAAGGAAAUGGCGUUUUUUCUUUUAGGAGACAAGUAUUAACUGCACAGAAUGAACCCACAGUGGAAGAGAAAAUACUGCAAACUGUUUGACUGCUGGUGAAGAUGGUCUUUUAUUUUUGUGACAGACAACUGUGGGAUCUGUAAUAGAAAUGAUGGCUGGCUGUGGUGAAAUUGAUCACUCAAUAAACAUGCUUCCUACGAACAGGAAAGCGAAUGAGUCCUGUUCUAAUACUGCACCUUCUCUAACUGUCCCUGAAUGUGCCAUUUGUCUGCAAACAUGUGUUCACCCAGUCAGUCUGCCUUGUAAGCAUGUUUUCUGCUAUCUGUGCGUAAAGGGAGCUUCAUGGCUUGGAAAGCGAUGUGCCCUCUGUCGACAAGAAAUUCCCGAAGAUUUCCUUGACAAGCCAACCUUAUUGUCACCAGAAGAGCUCAAGGCAGCGAGUAGAGGAAAUGGUGAAUAUGCAUGGUAUUAUGAAGGAAGAAAUGGGUGGUGGCAGUAUGAUGAGCGCACUAGUAGAGAGUUGGAAGAUGCUUUUUCCAAAGGUAAAAAGAGCACUGAAAUGUUAAUUGCCGGGUUUCUGUAUGUUGCUGAUCUUGAAAAUAUGGUUCAAUACAGGAGAAAUGAACAUGGACGUCGCAGGAAGAUUAAGCGGGAUAUAAUAGAUAUACCAAAGAAGGGAGUAGCCGGACUUAGGCUGGACUGUGACGCUAAUACUGUAAACCUAGCGAGAGAGAGCUCUGCAGAUGGAGCGGACAGUCUAUCAGCACAGAGUGGAGCUUCUGUUCAGCCUCUAGUGUCUUCUGUAAGGCCCCUAACAUCAGUAGAUGGUCAGUUAACAAGCCCUGCAACACCAUCCCCUGAUGCAAGCACUUCUCUGGAAGACUCUUUUGCUCAUUUACAACUCAGUGGAGACAGCAUAGCUGAAAGGAGUCAUAGGGGGGAAGGAGAAGAAGAUCAUGAAUCACCAUCUUCAGGCAGGGUACCAGCACCAGAUACCUCCAUUGAAGAAACUGAAUCAGAUGCCAGUAGUGAUAGUGAGGAUGUAUCUGCGCUUGUUGCACAACACUCCUUGACCCAACAGAGACUUUUGGUUCCUAAUGCAAACCAGACAGUAUCUGAUCGAUCAGGAACUGAUCUGUCAGUAGCAGGGGGUGGAACAGUAAGUGCUGGUGUCAGAUCUAGAAGGCCUGAUGGACAGUGCACAGUAACUGAAGUUUAAAUAAACUCUUCAAGGUUAAAAUGGUUAUCUGUAAAUUUAUGCCCACAUAACAUUAUACUCAUCCCUAGUAGUGCAUUUUGUGAGUUGGGGUGGGAAGGGGUAUGGGGAGGACAGACCUGUAAUAAAAAUGUUUAACAUGUCUCUGUUGAGGAAUUUAUUUAAUAUAAGGAACUCGGGCGUUAAUAGUUGAGAGUUGUUUAGUAAUAACCCAGUUUUUUUGAGGUCUGUUUUAUAGGUUUUUAAAAUUUCUUCAGUUCUUUUGGCCAGUGUGUGUUUAUUAUCUGUGCAUUAACAGUCUUCAUCUUAUUCUUGCAUUGUGUCUUAUUUUCCUGCAUGGAUUGACGUAAAACCAUUACUAAAAUUUGGCACCUAUGAGAUGUCUGGUAUCGGUAUGAACAGGAAGCUUAAUUAAUAUGAAAAUAGAUGUGAAUUUGGAAUUUUAAAAUAGAUGAAUAACAACUAUUAAAUAGUAAAGUUACUGAAAUGGAAAUGUAAAGAAAACAGUUAAUAACUUAUGUUUCAGAAUCUUGUAACAUACUUCAUGGCGUUUCCCAUAGGCUUUGCUGUCUAGUCCUUGUAGUUUGAGGCUCCUCUUGAUCUGCAUUUUUCUUUUUGAUUACAGAAUUUAUAAUUUAAUAAAUACUAGAGUUUAUCAAA